CUUCUUUCACUCAUAUGCUUGGAAUACACAGUAGCACAUCUCAAGCGGGAUUAAUUACAGUGUAGCCACUGUUCGCGCGCUUUCAGUGACGCCUCGACUUCGGAAGAAGCCUAUUAUUCCUUAAUGGUUUCGAUUUCGCUCUGUUACAUGAUAAUAGAGCGCGAUCCAUAGUAGAGACAGCAGCACGAUACCUGCUGGUAUUACCAGGACAGCUGGCUCCGUCACGCCUUCUCUGUGCCAAUUGUUGCUAAAGAUCCGCAUCAUAGGAAUGGCGGGCUAUGAAUUUAGCUCCUGUCAGGCUGCACUGCGUAUUAGGCGCGUGCAAGCCUUCUGCAAGCAGCAAGCUCUGGACGCCGUGUUGCUGGUGCCUGGCGUGGAUGGACGAUUUUCCGUUUGCAACCAGGCGAUCGCUUACUUGCUAGAAGGACGCAGCAACCGCGACACCAUCGAUGUCAACAAGCUCGACGGCCAGCUCGACGAAUGCAGCGCUCUAAUUACACCCGACGAAGUCGCCUUUUACGUAGCCAGCCCUGACCUCCAGCAGCACCUCCAGGACUUGUUAACACCUCACGUCACAAAUCUGCGGCUGCUGGGCCCAACCGCAUCCGAGGCAGCGGACAUGGACAUGCUGGAGGAAAACAAGCUAGCGAGCUUUGUUCACCUGCUGCGGGGCUGCAGGCGCAUCGGCAUCCCUUGCGGCCUGGCAGCCACUACCGACUCUUCUUCUCCUUCUGCUGCUGACUUCGGCGCCGUACCGCGUCUGCCGCCCCUCACCGCGGCGCAGCAGGUGGAGUUGGAGCGCUGGCCGCUGCUGCAGGCGUACGGGCUGGAGGGAGUGGGUCGCAGCGGCUUCUUCACCAUGAACUUCGAGGUGUGCGAUGUGCUGCCCGGCCUGCAGCGGCAGCUGUACGGGCGGCUGGACGGGCGGGCGCUGGCGGUGGUGGCGGGGGAGGCGGCGGGGGCGCUGAGGCUGCACUGGGAGGCCAUGAUGCAGACCCUGUGCGGCAAGGCAGCUGGCGGGCGGGGCAGCCUGGCUGAGCGGCAGCUGGCGGAGCCGCUCUCCAGCUACAUGGCGUACGGACUGCUGCGGGAGGUGGCGGGGGUGGAGCAGGCUGUCAUGCUGCCGCCCCGUGUCAUCUUCGGCCCGCGCACCUCCGACGACACUGCCACCAGCGGCGCGGCAACCCUGAUGCAGUGCGGAUACCCGCUGCAGCAGCAGCAACAGCAGGAGGAGGGCUCUGCUGCUGCAUCCGCUGCCGCCGCUGCUGCCUCUGCAGCGGCACCCACCGUGUCUUCGUCGUCAUCGUCGUCAUGGGAGCUUCCUCUUCACUUUGUGGCCGAGGCUGCUGACCCACGCAGUCCGCUGCGGGUGGCUCGGACCUACUUCCUGUCGCGAGGGGCGGUGGAGCGGGACGUGUUUGCAGACCCCGACGAGGAGGCUGCGGAGGGCUUUGACUUCCCCGAUGCCGCCGCCCGCUGCUCCGCCCGCAACCCCGACCUGCUGCUGCUGCUGCGGGGCUACAGCGCGCUGGUGGAGGCGGGGCGGGCGGCCAUGAGGCACUUUGCGGAGGUGGAGGGCGCCACCGCUCUGAGCGCCAAGGCGGAGGCGCAGCGGGUGCUGACCAGGAGGGCAGAGCAGCUGGGAUUGCUGGGGGAGGCGAAGGACAUGGCGGCGGGGGGGGAAGCAGGUGCAGGGGCUGCUGCUGCUGCUGCUGCGCUGGCCUCCCGGCUGCGGUUCAGCCUGUACCAGUGCGACCACGCAAACGUGGUGACGGCGCCGGCGGUGCGGGGCAGCAGGCAGCUCAAGGUGCUCCGGCUGAGCCUGUCCGGUCUGGUGUCCCGCAGCGGCCCCCUGGCGGGUCGGGAGCUGGGCGGGCUGGUGUACGGAGACACCUUCAUCGACAUCCCGCAGCCGCCUGCGCCAGCCCCAGUUCCAGGGACAGGAGCAGGGGCGGUAGGAGCAGGUGGCGGUGCGGAUGGCAGUGGUAAUGGCGGUGGUAGCAGCAGCAGCAGUGGCGGUUCGCUGCUGGUCCUGACGGAGGGCGUGCCGCUGCUUGCGGCCGUUCCCGCGGGGGGCAGUGAGGAGGAGCUGGCUGCCAGGGCGCUGAGGAGCCUGGGGCGGGUGGUGGGCGGCAGGGCGGGUGCCCGUGCGGCCCGGGUGGCCAGCGCCGCCUCCCAGCGCGACCAGCAGCGGCGGGCGGGAGCUGCCGCCGCAGCGGAAUCGCAGGCGCUUGCAGCCAAGCUAAGGGCGCGGAGGCUGGGGGCGGCCGCGGUCGCUGAGGAGGAGGAGGAGGAGGAGGGCGAGGAGGAGGAGGCGGAUGUGGAGGAGGAUGAUGAGGACGAGGACGAGGGGGCGCCUGCGGGGCGAUCAGCUCCUCGUCAACCCGGCGCGGCAGCAGCAGCAGCUGCUGCCACUGCCGUACCCCAGCAGCAGCAGCCCGCAGACGCGCUGGGUGCGCUGCUGACGCUGGGGGGUGGAGAGGAAGCGGUGCUGCUGACGGGCGCCCCCGCCUGCCCCGCGCUGUCCGGCUGGCUGCACUGCUUCUCCGGGGGCGGGGUGUUCGUGGAGCGGGCCAGCCGGGCCACAUGGGUGCUGCUCCUCGCCCCCAGGCAGCAGGCGGGAGCAGCAGGAGGGGCAGGGGGAGGGGCAGUGGAGGCGAUUACCGUGCAGCAGCUGCCCCUGCCGGGCGCUGCAGUGACAGGUGGAGGUAGCGGAGGUGGAGGUGGUGGUUUGGGCGAGGCGGUGGUGUUCCGCGGUGUCGCCCCCGCGUGUGGUCUGCCGCCCGCCUGCCACCUGACAGCCAACACGCACCUGGCGCUGCCGCUGGCGGCCAUGUCACCGGCAGCUCGGCGGCUGCUGAUGGGCUCGGUGCUGCCCGCCUGGCAGCAAACCUGCCGGCAGGCCGCACUGGCAGCCGCGGAGGCGCACGACACGCCGUCAGCCGCCUCCUACCGCAAGGACAUGACCGCACCCAACCCCUUCCCCAGCAUGGAGCUGUACGCCGCGCAUGCGUAUGCGAUCCAGAGUUCCACCGCCGGGGGCAGCACCAAGUCCUGGCCUGCUCUGGCGGCGGAGGACUCCCUCUUGGAGGCAGCCCUGGAGCGACUGGACGCGCAGGAGCUCCACGGCCCCCUCAGCGGCCUAGACCCUGCCGUGGAGGCACUGCUGCAGCUGCCCCUCACCCCACCACCUCCCACACCUCCGGCACCCCAGCCCGCCCCCAGCCCCCCCUACCGCACCUCCACCACCAUCACCCUCAUCGUGGGGUUGCCGGGGGCUGACCAAGCCGCAGUGGCAGCAGCACUUUCCACCAUGCUGGAGGGUGGUGGUGGUGGCGAGCAGGGGCCCGCGGGGGCGGCGGCGGGUGGGGCCGGGCGAGCAGGCGGGGCGAGGGUGGCCAUGCUGCCAUGCGCCGCCACACCGCUCAGUGAGGCGGACUUCACCGCAGCGCUGUCCGCUGCAGCAGCGGCUGCGAUGGAACCCGAGUCGGGGGGUGCCGGGGGUGCUGCUGCUGGUGGUACCGUGCAGCAGCAGCAGCAGCGGCACCUUAUCAUGUGCACGGCAUCGUAUCUGGGCUUGCAUGCGCAGCUGAGGAUGCUGGCAGCAGCGGUGGGGAAGGCAGCGGCAGCGGCAGCGGCGCAUGCCUGGCGUGUAGGCUCCGUGGUGGUGUGUUGCAGUGCGGAUGUGGCGUGGGAGGAGCCGGCGCGGGGGGCGCUUGCUGCGGGGCUGCUGGGGCAGCUGGCGGCUGGAGGGCUGGUGGACUGUGUGGUGGUGGGGGGCAGCGAGGCGGACAAGGUGUCCUGGCUGGCCCAGCUGCUGUCCCGCCGCCUGCCCGGUGUGCCCCAGCUCCGCGCCUCCCGCCCGCACCUGCUGCGGGCCCGCUCCGAGCUGCUACCCGACCCCCGGGAGCGGGCCGCGCGGCUGGGGGCGCGGCAGGCGGUGGCGGGCCGGCACUGGGGACCGCUGCGGCUGGAGGCGGAGGAGGAGGACGGGGGCUUGAGUGGGGGCGGCAGCGGAGGAGGAGGAGGAGGAGGGCUGCUGGGCCCGCUGCACGCGACCCGGGUGGCGUUCCAGGGGCCGCUGGACUUUGGGAAGCUGAGGUCGGAGCUGGCGGCCCUGGGGGUGCCCCAGAGCCCCGCCAGCUUGCCGCCGCUGCCGCUGGCGGACCCAGAGGCCUCCCCCGCGGCGGCGCGCCCCGGCCUGGUGUGCGUGAGCGGCUGCGUGCGACUGACCCGUGGGUCGCGACCCUGCGAGCUGCUGGGCAGCCGGCAGACGGAGCUGCGCAGCCGGGAGUGGUGGCUGGCGGCUGGGGCGGGGGAGGUGGUGUUGGG